GUGGUGUUGUGCGUGUCGAGUGUGUGCAAAUUUCCCGUCUUGUGUGUCCUGCUGCGGGACGUGAAAAUCCAUGCUGCCUAUUUUCUUCGAAAUCUAAGGCUAUCACAUAUCAAGCAACAUAAUGUUUCGUUUACCAGCAAUGGCGAUGGCACGUUUCACGCGUGGGUACUGUUCAAACAGGAUCAUAAAUCGACGAAUCAGCGCAUCCUUGAUCGACAUCUCACCGGAGGUACAAGCCGCUUUAAACAAGGCACCUCAAACGGUUGUAGCAUUGGAAUCGACCAUCAUUACCCAUGGUAUGCCGUAUCCUCACAAUCUCGAGACGGCCCUGGAGAUGGAGCAAAUUAUACGACAGCAGGGAGCUGUUCCGGCGACGAUAGCGAUUGUGGGCGGUCGCAUCAAGGUGGGCAUUGAUGCGGACCAGCUGCGGUUACUGGCCCGGGGAGAUAGUGGCGAAACGCUUAAAACAUCCCGCAGGGAUAUGGCGUACGUGAUUGCGAUGGGCCUUAAUGGUGGUACCACGGUAGCCGGCACACUGCUUGUGGCCUCUGCAGUUGGAAUACGGAUAUUUGCCACCGGCGGCAUUGGUGGGGUGCAUCGCGAAGGCGAACGGACAAUGGAUGUUUCGGCGGACCUGAUCGAAUUGGGCCGGUGCCCGGUGGCGGUCGUAUCGAGCGGUGUGAAGUCAAUAUUGGAUAUACCUAGAACGUUGGAAUAUCUGGAAACGCAGGGCGUGUGUGUUACCACCUACAGGAGCGAAAGUAACGAGUUUCCUGCAUUCUAUACACGCACCAGCGGUUCAAAGGCCACCUACAACUUCGCCAACGCAACCGAGGCUGCCAAGGUGCUGAACAUAAAUUUGAAACUCGGUCUCGGGUCAGGAAUUCUGAUUGGCGUGCCGAUACCGGAGCAAUACGCCAUGGAUAGCACCCAGAUGGAUAUGGUGAUUGAGGAGGCAUUGCGUGAAGCGCAGCGGAAACAAAUCCACGGUAAAGAAGUGACGCCGUUUAUACUCUCGGCUGUUUCGCAAAUGACGUAUGGGAAAAGCCUUGAUGCAAACAUGGCUUUGGUUAAAAAUAACGCUCGUGUUGCUGCUGAGAUUGCGAUGGAACUCGAUCGCAUUGAAAAUGGUGCGUCUCCGCUUCAAACGGCAACCAAGGCUGGUUCUAGAGAGAACGGAAUUGGAGCUCCGCUCGUCAUCGGUGGAUCGGCCAUCGACAUUUGUGUCAGCGUCUUAGAGGAAGACUUAAAGGUACGUGAUAUGAUAGAAUUAUUGUGUUAUAUGGUACAAAUUUAUAUAAAUAUUUAUUACGGUACGUCAUUUUUCGGAUACUUGAAAAGACUAUACAUCAUUUUCUUUUUAAUUAAAUAUUUCAAUCGUCUUUAUUUUAAAUUGUUCGUUCCAUCUGUUGAUUUAUUUUUGUCCUAUUGUUCUCUUGCAUCCCUUCUGGUCGUUUCUCAUUAUCGCUUUUCUUUCGGAAUUUUUCUUUUAUCUCUUUGUUACGUUUGUUUUCAUUGCAUUACUUAGGUUAUGUACAACA